GAUAUUGGCAGAGCCAAUCUGUUGGCUAAUCUAGACAAUCAAGACUACCUUCUUUCAGGAGCUGCUGCAUUAGAGCAGCUUGUGCAACAGCGAAAAUGUAAUUUUUUGCACACCUUACCCCUGCAAUGGUAGUGGCUGUACAAUGUAAACUCUUCAGAGACCUUGUGAAUGCGUUAUUGAUUGGAGCAAGUCCACAAGUCCAAAUAAUUCAAAAGAACCUUCCCAAUCGAUUAGAUGAUUUAAAAUAUCAGGUGAAAGCGACUAGAACUCUAGAGGGCAAUAAGAAUGAGCAUGAAAUGAUACUAUCCCAAUGUCAAGUACUGAUGGGGAAACUAGCAAAAUUUGAGCUCGAUCUAGAUAUUCACAUUUAUACACACAACCAAGUAAAACAAGAAGAGUCUGUUGGUGACAAGACGGGUGCAUUUAGUGUUGUUACCAAGGUCAUUUUGCCAGACAAAACAGAAGCUGCUCUAAAGACGAUACUAAAGCCUAUUACAAUCACAAAUGCAGAUGAUUUUGUGAAAGAAUUUUGCAACUUCGGGUACUUUACAUUAGCAGAAGUAUAAAGAAAAGUAAUUGAGUAGAUGUUUCUUUAUUUACA